AUGAUACCGACCAAGGAAGAACUCGUGCCUGAUGGAAGAUGGGUGUCAGUCCCUGGAACCGAUGCGAGAAGUAGCUUGUAUGCCCUUUUUCUAGCCAUGGCGACUAAUAGCUCCCUCAACCGAGCUCCGAUCUGGGACCCCCGACCAGAUCCUCGAUUUGGUACUCGAGCAAUCGAGGUACUCAAUUGCACCUUACUGAAGGCAGUCUGGGAAGGAGAUGUGAUCCUUCGCUCUCCCGAGUUCCUGGCCUCACAGCCUUCAAUGCUCCUGUCUAUUCUUGCAGUUAGUCGGGAGGUCCACCUUUGGAAGCAAUCCGCUUACUUGCACUUGAUGAGAUAUCGACUUUACAUUGAGAAAGAGGGACAAAUCAUCAAGCUGUGCAAUCCACAGGUCAAGACACACAGGAAUGCCUUGAUUCGAUGUGCGAAUGGUCGUUGGGAAGCUUUCACCUACUUCAAGCAGGAUGUGUCUGAGAUCUCGGUCGACAAGCUCAAGCUUACCUCGGCUCCUAGCCUCGCAUCCUCCACACGCGAUCCUUUCGCCACCCACCAGGAUAACUUCACCUCAGAUACUAACUGA